AAAGAAAGAUUCAACUCUCUCCUCCGAUUUUCUUCUUCCCCUCUCUACUCUGCUUCUCUGAUUGUGAUAUCUCUUGAUACUUUUGUGUUCUGUCUUCAAAUUUCGAACACUUGUCUAAGAUUUAUUUGUCUGAUUCCAAACAUCAUGGAAGCUAAUUUAGCUGAUCAGAAACAAAAACCUAAAUUUCUUGUUGAGGUUAACAACAUUGAGAAACAGCUAUGGACAUUAAUCCAUUCAAAGGGUAUAUUGCAUCCCGAUGUUUCAGAACUAUACGUGAAAGCUGGUUCGACAUACGAGCAAAUCUUUAAAAGCAAUCUCCAACAAGAAGAGCUUCAAGAAGUAGAGUUCUGCCUCUGGAAACUCCAUUAUAAGCAUAUCGAUGAGUUUCGUAAAGGCCUUAAAACAGAUGAUCAAAUCAAGCAUAUGAAAGCAUUCAAGUUGUUUCUGUCAAAAGCGGCCGAGUUUUACCAGAGUCUGAUUUCCAAAGUCAGACUCUCCGAGGAAUGUGGAGAGCAAAAAAGCAGAUUCUUGUGCCAUCGUUUCUAUAUUUGUCUUGGAGAUCUUGAAAGGUAUCAAGAACAAUAUCUGAAAACACAUGAGCAUCCUAAUUGGUCAACUGCAGCUACUUACUAUCUUGAAGCUGCAAAAUCUUGGCCUGAUAGUGGAAAUCCUCAUAACCAGUUAGCUGUAUUGGCGACAUAUGUUGGUGAUGAGUUCUUGGCUCUGUACCAUUGUGUAAGAAGCUUAGCUGUGAAAGAACCUUUUCCUGGUGCUUCGAACAAUCUUCUUUUGUUGUUUGAGAAGAACAGGUCUUCUCCUUUGAAAUCUCUGUCUACUGAUGCACAGUUUAACUUCUCAAACCCAUCGGAGAGAAAUAUUACUGUGAAAAAUGUCAGAGAGGACCGCAAUUUAAUAGCUGGAGUUGAUUUAUGGCCCCUGGUAGUGCGAACAACAAGCUUCUUUUUCCUUAAAUCCAGUUUUAAUGAGUUUGGGUGUGCAUUUGCAUCAACUAUAAGAGAACUGGAUGCAGCAUUUGCAGAAGAUGAUAGAAAUCUAGAAGCCAUGUUGGAGUCUUAUCAAUUUAUGGACACGGAAAGAAAGGGACCUUAUAAAAUUCUCCAACUUGUUGCGGUUUUCAUCUUCAUCUUCCACAAUUUAGCCGAGGUUAAUGGGUCAGACAACGUGAAAAAGGAAGUUAAGCUAACAAAUUUAGCAUCAACUAUGGUGUUCAUUGUCAUGGGGCGAGUUGUUGAGAGAUGUUUGAAGACAAGUCCCUUGGAUUCUUGCCCUCUCUUACCUGCUCUACUUGUAUUUCUAGACUACUUGCCGUUUCUGCUUCACAAAGUAGAAGAAGAAGAAUGCAGGUUUGAUGAGAAGAGCGAGAGUGCAAUAUCUUACUUCUUUGGCAAACUCGUUGAUUUCUUGAACCAGUUAAAGGUGCAAGGCAAAAACUGCUCUGCUAAAUCGUUGGUAGCUCUCUGGGAAGAUCAUGAACUGAAGUCUUUGGCUCCUCUGGCUCCCAUACAUGUACUUUUGGAUUUUUCAAGUCAUAUGGAUCUAAGAGAGAGUUUUAAUAGAGGGAAGGAGCUCCGUCUUCAACGGAUUAUUAAUUCCGCAAUUGAGAUCACAAGUAGGCAGAAGAAGGAUUCUCAAAAGUGGCUAUUCUUUGACAAGCAACGGACUUAUUUCUACACUACUUCGGGUGAAUUGCAAUGCAAAGAAGAGCUCUUUCAUGGAAAUGGAGAGGGUAGUAACAGAAAAUGUGUUACUAUAGGACCGGUUGAAAUCAUUCCAUGUGAGAAUGAAAGAUCUGUGCUUGCAGAAGAGGAAGAAGUCAUUCUCCUCAAGCCGCUCGUAAGGUGUCAAUCUGCUCCAAUCUAUUCUUCUGGCAUUGCAACAAAGCCACUCAGCUCUGAUAGCACAACUUCAGGAAAUCAAACAACUACAUCCGAUGAAAGCCUAAGACGUACCUUAUCACUCAUUGUGAACCAUAGCUCACAGGAUACUGAGUCUGAAAGUUUCAGCUUUACGCAAGGUCUUAAGGACACGGAUCCACAACAUUUGCAUCUAGAAGAGGGCACUGUCUCACGAAAACCGCCAUCGCUGAGUGCUUGGGUGGUUGACAAGAAUAAAGAGAAUGGACGACUAGGUUUAAGUAAACCAAACGGGUUGGGCCCUAUUGAUGAAACAGGUCCUGUCUCAUCCUUUGAUAGUCUCUCCAUCAGUAACAGCACUGAGCAUCCUGCGUCUUCAUAUUCACCUCCAACUCCGUCUGCUCCUCUACUGCCUGAAGACGCUUCUUGGUUUCAUAAUGACGCUAGUACUAACAAAACAGAGAGCUUCUAUGACCACAGAAGAUAUAUGGAACUCUCUGGUUUCAUGAAGCCAUACACAAACCCACCAGUUGUUGGGAUUUCUUCUUCUGAAUGGUUACGUCGGUACAGAGAAAGCCGGAAUCUUGGACCAGCCUAUUCGUAUCAAGCUCAGGGGACAAACGAUUUGAGAAACUUUAUGGCUCAUGGGUCUUCCAAGGUCAGUCUUUUAGCUAGGUACGGGACACCAAACGAACAACCGAUGAUCUCUUCUGAAAACUCAACGUUUUACCCUCAGCUCUACAUGGAAGACCAUGAAUCUAGAGGAGAGAAGCUCUGCAACGGUGAACAAUGCACAACAAAUGCUUAUGGCUUCAGUGAUGAUCCCGGACCGUUUCUUAGAUUUUUGAGAGAGAAAGACUGGCUGAAUGAGAAUGGUCAGAGGUUAAGAGGACCUUCUCCUGCAUAUAUGAAAAACUAAAGAUGGACGAGUGAGUGAGUGAGUGAGUGAGUUUACAAGAAACUGUCUCAAGUUGGCAAGUUGUGAUAAUUUGGGUUAUUGUCUUGUCUCCUAGUGUUUGUUGCUCAAUUUUUCACAAUAAUGAAAACCCAUAUAAAGAGAAGGUUUGAUU